AAACAUCCGGUUGUCAAAGAUGGCGAUAGUCAUUAUCUUCGCAAUGCUUACAAGAACAUGAUGCAAAUUAGCGUUCACUUCGUGAUUGAAAAUGGCAGAUAGUUGACAAUUUAAGGAUUAGGAAAAUUUAAUAUAAUCUAGUACUAAUUUUUAUUUUAUUUUAGUAAUUUAAAACAUCGAAGUAUAUAAUAAAAUGGAGUCUAAACCUCAACGACAGAAGACUGAGAACAUCAAACAAGGAUUUCGGAAUCAUAUUCGAUUCGAACACAUGGCCGCUGGUGUUACUGGAGGAGUUGUCUCAUCCAUUGCUCUUCAUCCCCUUGACUUAAUUAAAGUUCGUUUUCAGGGUAUGUUAUUUAUUUUUAAGUACUUGCCUAGACCUAAAAUGAAACGAAUGACAUGAAAUGAAUCAUCAGGUCAAGUCUAGUAGUUAAGUAGUAGGCCAGGCCAAGUGCUUUUAUUCCAUAAUUAUGAUUUAAAAUAUUGGUCUUUUUUAAAUUUAUAAUUAACACAUCACAUUUAGUGGCAUAUAUGCCAUGUAUUAGUGCUGAUAAAUUACUAUAACUUAUAACCUAAAUUAUUUUAAUAUUGGGUAAAUUAAAAUUAAAUAAGUAUAUUUAUGCAAUUCACUCCAUUUAAAAAUGAUUUAUUUCCUCAUACUGUUACUGUUAUACUCAUUGUGUCAUGUUUAUUGAAAAUUGUUGAAAUACUUAUUUUACCUUGGCCACCAUCUUUGUUGCCAUUAUGGCAGAUGUGUUACUGCAAAAAAGGUGGUGGCUGUGUAAACAAAAAAAAACUCAUCUGUUAAAUGGUGAGGGGAAGGGGAGAGAAUAUGUUGUUGUAGUUACUUACUGAGAGAAAUAAUGUUUCGAUAUCAUUUAAUAAUAACACAUUUUUAAAACGCAUUUAGUUGAUGAAGGUCCUGGAAAUGCCACAGCUGGUAGACCUCAGUACCGUGGAGUAAUGCACGCUUUCAGAUCAAUAGUGCAAUCAGAUGGCUGGAAGGGCUUGUAUCGAGGAGUUACACCAAAUGUUACAGGAGCAGGAUUGUCAUGGGGACUUUAUUUCUUUUUGUAAGUUUCUAUGUUAAAAUUUUCUUGACUAACGGUUAGGGGUGUGCCAGAUCCGUUUUUUCCAACCGGAUCCGGAUUUUCUUAUGCGAAAUCCGCCGGAUCCGGAUUCCGGUUUCUCCCGGAUUUUGGUACUAUUGGUAGAUACUUCGGUAAGUCAAGGUGGACUACUACUUUUUGUGUAUGGGAAUUCGCAAUCGGCGCCAAAAAAUCCGAGUUUUUAAUUUUCCGAUGUGUGUGUCUAUUUAUUAUUAAAUUAGUACUUUCGAUAUAUAUUUGAGUUCCGUUCCAUUUGGAUAAGUGUCUUACGAGAGACGCCAUGUUUCUACGCGUUCGCAGCAGGUUAUGCAGCUCGCUCAACCUAAUUUCGCCAUGGGGUUGGCCACGCCCCCCUUUUUAAUGGCGGAAGUUGACGAUACUUAGGAAAUAUUAAUUUAUUAUCACUAUUUACAUCAAAAUAAUUGAUAACUUGUGUUUCAGAAUGCAUUUAAAGACAUUUAAACUGGAAUGUUUUAAUUUGAGCUUUAACAACCCGGUAGAAUCCAUAUUAUAAAUGAUCAGAAUUUACCGUGUGCAACACGUUGUCAUUGGCAACCAUUCACAGCCACUUGCAUAACUGUAUCGUAGUACUACCUCAGAGUUUCAUUCAUAAGAGUUUGCCGUGUGCAAAAACUAUUAAACCAUUGGUCAGGGAAAGCUUUAAUUAAUUAUUCAUGUGCCAAAGUUGAAAGUUUAAACUAAGUCUAAACAGUAUUUUAGUGAUAAGGCAGGGAAUGCGUUGCCUUAUAUAAACUAUAUAGUCAUUGCGCAUGACGGGAUUGGUGGAAUGAGAUCACAGAAUGUGGAGAUGCAGUCCAUGUUAAAAAAUGACAAACCAAGUCGUACUUUAAAAAUUCAUAACUUUAAAACUACAACAGCUAAAAAUAUGAUUUUGGUGUUAUAAUUCUUUAAAAAAUUACAUCUUUUCAACUAUGCCAUUGGUUUAUUUUUACAAAAAGUUUAAAUUUUCUUAUCAAAGUCCCUACACUAUUGGCCACUAUUAGCGGUGCUGACUCUAGCCUCUGGUAUGUACGGAAUAUUAAACAUUAAACAAGCUCAACGCUCGAAACAAUCGAUUAAUGUAUCGUGAUCGUGUGAAAUUCGGGAAAGAGAAUUACUUUUAUUUCAGAUUAUGAUCCGGUGAGUCACAAAAUCUGGCAAAUUCCGAAAUCCGGUAUAUUCCGGAAUCCGGUUGUUCCGGAUACAUGUAAAUCCGGCGGAACCGGAUUUCACCGGAUAGUGCAAAAUCCGGCGGAACCGGAUUCCGGACCGGGGUCCGGCACACCCCUACUAACGGUUAUAUCCAUGGUUUGGUUUUAUUUUAGAAUAAAGUGCAUUCUUAGUAGGCCUAUUAUUUCAUCAUGCUAAGAAAUUAAUUAAAUAACAAUUAGUUACAAAUUACAUCUGUUUUCAGUGUUAGUAUUUUUUUUUAAAAAUGCUUCGCUGUGCAACAUUUUUAUUAAGAUUGUAUUUUUCAGCUAUAAUAGUACUAAGACAUGGAUGCAGGAUGGAGAUACGACCAAGAAUCUAGGGCCGGGAAAUCACAUGUGGAUAGCCAGCUUUGCAGGUUAAUUUUGUCUAUACUUACUAUACGUCAAAUCAUAAAUACUAAAAGGGAUCUCAUUCACCUCUAGUUUGAUAAAAGAACCAACAACGAAAGAUAGAUUACCUCUGGUUAACUAUAAACACAUACAAAAUAUAACAAUUUUUAAGCUUUUGACUUCUAAUAUAUUUUUUCCCCUUCAAAUAAAAAUAGGUUUUGCCACAUUAAGUUUGACUAAUCCAAUCUGGGUUUCAAAAACUCGAAUGUGUCUCCAGUAUGGCACACCUGGGAAUGUCCAGUUUGUGGGCAUGUGGGAAACUCUGGUUAAUGUCUACAAGUUUGAAGGUGUACGAGGAUUAUACAGGGUGAGUUUUCUUAAUCAGAUCAUCUUGGGUAAUAAUAGUAUCAUCUUGGGUAAUAAUAGUAUCAUCUUGGGUAAUAAUAGUAUCAUCUUGGGUAAUAAUAGUAUCAUCAUGGGUAAUAAUAGUAUCAUUUUAUUGUAUCCCAGUGAUUUAGUAAACAACAACAAUUAACUACAAUAUGUUUAAUUUUUGGAAAGCAUACAGCAACCUGAUCAAUUGAACAUUUUAAAAAAUUGUGUGUGCUGUGUCAAUGGUUGAUGAUCUCAUUGUAGGGUUUUCUCCCCGGUGUGUUUGGUAUCUCCCAUGGAGCACUGCAGUUUAUGACAUACGAGGAGAUGAAGACAUUGUACAACAAACACAGAAACCAGCCGUUAGACACCAGACUGGUAAUGACAUUUUUAUUAUUACAUUUAAAAUUUUACCAUGACAUAAAUAGUGAUAAUGAAGGUGGCCACCACAACAUAUUUCAUUGGGGGGGGGGGAUUUAAUCUCCGUACAUGCAUAUUUCCUGUAACCAAGUCCAGGGCAUCUUAUCUUUGUUGGACCUCACAGCUAUUUGAUAUAUAUUAAACCAGUUUCACCUGGAUAUGAUAAUUUUAAAAAAUUAUUAUUUUGCAAUGCAUCACAUUAAGAUUGUCUUAGAUUGCAACCUUUCUUCAGGGUACUAAUUGCAACCAAGCAGAAAUAAAUAUGUUUAAUAAAAAAAUUUAAAAAAAAAAAGCAGCAUGUUGAUCAUUUAGAACUGGUAAACUAAUAAUAAACAUUCGUUUGACACAGACAUCUGCAGAGUACCUUACCUUCGCCGCCCUUUCAAAGAUGAUUGCCGCUGCCACCACUUACCCGUAUCAGGUGGUCCGGUCAAGAUUGCAGGAUCAGCACCGCCACUACAAUGGAGUCUGGGAUGUAGUGAAACAAAUUUGGGUGUAAGUUGAACCGGUCUAUCUGGCUCUCAUGGCAUAGAAGUUUAUGUUAAAAAGGAACGUUAACCUUGCGACAGUUAUGGUUAUAAAAGUGGGUUUGUUGCAUUCCAAUAAUACGUCAUUCAAAAUUGAGUUGAAAGAAAAACAAGAGAACUAAAAGUAAAUUCCCAUUCGCCCAACUCCAGUUGAUCAAAUUGGUCCACAGGAUCAAUCAUGACCCUAUUUGUUGAUUUCUUUUUCAUAUUUCUUUUUGGAAUAAAUGAUUUGUUUUACUUCUGCCAUGGGAGAAUUUCAUUUGUUAGAAUUUCAUUUCCAUUCACAACUCAUUAUUUUAUAAUUGUUUGCUAAGAUAUUCCUGCUUUAAGAAAUCCAUUAUGUGUUCACAAUUUGGUAAUCGGAACAACAUACAAUUCUAUAAUGACACAAAAUGACAUUAAGAUUUAAUAUCACGCUUUCCUGAUGGUUUAAAAUGCUCUUCAAAGUGAGCUGUCAAACAUGUACUCUAAAAGAAAUUUUUUAUACAGCAAUACUUUUUAAUGUGGACCAACUUAAAAUAAAAUGUGGGGAGUGGGGGAAUAAAUCAUAAAUGGCUUGUUUGCCGAGAGCCAGCCAAUGAGUCAACAUUUCCCGCAGGCGAGAGUCUUUCCGUGGGCUGUUCAAGGGCCUGAAUGCGUACAUGAUCCACAUCGUUCCCAACAUCAUGAUUGUUUUUGGCAUCUACGAGGCUGUCCUCAACCUGCACGCAGAGCUGGAGGAGGACAUGGCCACAGUAGAGGAGACGUGAUCACGGGAGGUAAGUCCAAUGUGUCAUUUGGUGUGCCUAGUGCAAUGUUUCUCAACUAACCUUAGACCACUGGCUUCUUUUUCUCUGGUUUAUUUACCCUUUUAUAAUGACAAAAUUCUUGUAAAUAUGUCAUGUAUUCCCUUUAACCCAAAAGCAUGCCAUGUGUAAUAUACUUUGUUUUGUAAUAGUUUAUUUGUUCCCAUGUGUGAUCAGUAUAAAUUAAAUGAUCUUUUUUUAUUUUUCAUUUUCUUCGCAGUGACCAAUCAAAGUGAAAUAAAUGUUAAAAAAUGUUCACUAAUUUAUUAUUUCAAUUGACACACUGUAGAUACUUGUUCUAAGGCCCGUUUCUGUUUAUUCAUAAGCUGUUUGUUUUGGAGGUGAAAAGCCCGAAAAGUUUAUAACCUGCUCGUAAGCUGACACCAUGCAAUUAUUUGCCAGUAAGCAAUAAUGCGGUUUGCAACGAAUAUCUAGGAUAAGAUUAUCCUGAUGCUAAAAACGACUUGUGGCACCAUCUAUUUUCAAAUCUUGUAGAGCAAUCGGUAGACUGGGAUUGGGGGGUGUGUCUGUCAUAACAUUAAACGUUGUCACUUUUCAUAGGAAGUCCGCUUUAGAACGAGUAUGUGCAGUUGCAAAUGUUUUUAAAUUACAUUUCGUGACGUGUGUGUUACUGAUCACUAGAAUUGAAACAAAAAGACGCACAGAUAUAACAUAGAUCAAUAACAUAAGCACUUAGAUUUUUUUAAGGUUUGUUAUAUUAAGGUAAGUACCGGUAGGUAAACUUUUAAUCAAUUAAAUGCUUAUGUUUAUAGAAGCUUGAGAGUUAUCGGCACUGACUGUCGCGUGGGCUGCUAUAUUUAUCUUGUCAUCGCCCGGCCAGUGUUUAGACUGGGGUUGCAGGCACAGAGUUGGGCGUCUAAAAUACUUGUAGUUAAUUUUAAUUCAGGGAAUACAGGGAAUAUUCAGUCACGUCUGCUUCUUUUUUUAGCCUUUUAUUUCACUUUUGCAGAUUUUCAUGCUCUACUUUUUUAAUUCCUUUAAAAGAUGGUCAACAUGACACAGUGCCGGGAUGUCAACUUGACACAGUGCUUUGUCAUCAACAUGAGGUGCAACGUCGUCUCUAUCAAGAUCAGAUGAAUCUGCUGUUCAUUGUGGACAUUUUUGUAUUUCAACAUAAUUAUUUUUCCAUUGUAAUUGUGUGGAAUAUUUUUAUUUUCAAUACUGUAGAUAUUAUUUGAUAUUAUUUUACUGGUAAAUAUUUGUCUGACAGCACAAGGCAAUCAUCAUAUGAUAUAAUAUAGUUGUUUUUUUGUUUUUUUUCGGAGGCCUAACAGAAUUUCUCAAAAUAUUGUUUAAAAUAAUUUAUUUCAUAUCACCAAUUUAACAUUCCAUGUCAGAUUGUGAGCCUUUUUGCUCCCACUAGACAUUCUUCUCUAAGUCAGUAUUUACAUCUGUGACCUGCAGCGAUUGGUCCAUAUUUAUAAACACCCGCUUGACCUAACACAGUUAACUCUUGGCUGUCAAAAUCAAAACCUACAUGCAUUCAUUUGACUCAAUGAUUUUUAAAUCUAAUUUUUUUUUUAAAUUGAAGGGUGAAAAAAAUAAUAAUUUAAAAACAAUUUAUAUAAUUCUCUGUCUUUAACUUUUUUUUUUGUAUGGUUCCUGGCAUGAGCAAGAGUUGACUAUGUUGAAAUGUCCCUGCAUUUAAUUUGUGUUGACCCCAGUCUUAGUUCCAAACUUAUUGUAUAUAUAACUUAAUUGUCAAUGCAAAGAUGUGAAAAUCAAAAAAAAAAAAAAAAGAGAGAGAUUUGUGGUUGUUUUAUGACUCAGGGUUACGCAUGACUUAUAGGCUUGCACAUGGCUUUUAGGUUCACACAUGACUUAUAGAUCAAAUGUAAAGUUCUAUUUAUUCUGGAUGUUCCACUGACUUCACUGGGUCUUAAUUAAGCUUACUUUGUGCAUCAUUCAUUAAGCUGAAGCUAUGCCAAAUAGUCUGCAUAAGAUUACUUUUUAUUGAGCAGUUGAAAACUCCCUUUAAAUGCUUCACAAAAAUUUUCCUGUCCCUGACCAGCUUUUCAUACAACUUGAAUUGACAGACAACAAUCGGCCAAGUAAUGUCAUCUGCCAUCAAAUUUGUCUUGAUUUGGUUAGUUUGAGACCCCCGUGGUUUAUAGAGAAAAAAUGACUAUCAUGCUACCAGUACCACUUGAGGGUGUUAAAUAGUUUAGGUAUUAAAAGUUACCAAAGUAGAGUUAUAAUAUUAGAAGUUACCAAAAUAGAGUCAUGAUAUUAGAAGAUACCAAAGUAGAGUCAUUAUAUUAGAAGUUACCAAAGUACAGUCAUGAUAUAGAAGUUACCAAAGUAGAGUCAUGAUAUUAGAAGUUACCAAAGUACAGUCAUGAGUAUUGCAAAGAGCUUGGAACUUGUUCAAGAUCUUCUUCAAUGCUAACUUUUUCAUGAUGUUCGACUUCUCAAUGGUUUUUGCUUCUAGAAUAAUUAUUUGUGAGCACUGUGGGGGUUUUUCAGUUUGCCAUUGCAUGAGACAAUGCCAUCUGCUGUUGUGGUUCUCACUACAUAAAAACUCUCCAAAGAUUUAUCAUUAGGAUAAAUAAUAUCAUUUCUAAAAACUGCAUUUUAUUGCCCAGUAAUCUCGUUAAGUGAUUACUGCAAAGGUACGCAAGUGACGACUAGUGCAAAGGUACGCAUUGGAGGAUUCAGUUUUUUGUUAGCUUUAGUUAUGUAAUACUUUUGUAAUAGUUACGUAUUAGUUACGCUCUCUUCUCUGGAAAUCUUCUCUGAAUCUUGAUGUGUUUGGAUUAAUGAUGUGUAACUUAAUGGAAACUGAUUUGUUCCAACAGAUUUUGUACAUAUAGUCAAAUGAGGAUUAUUUCAACACUUGUCUUGGUUGUGUCCAAACAUUGACUGUAAGGAAAUCCAUUCUUAAAUACACAAAAUGCGGUGAAGGACAAAAUAUGUUUAAGUACUUAAAAUGUGGUAAACAUUCAAUUAAAAAAUUGGAUUCUUCAUUGAAAUCUGUCCUCCUGCUGGGGUAGAUAUUUUUGUAAGCAUUUACAACUCUGAAGAUGGGCCCUUAUUUCAGAUAUUCUUUUCAAAUAUAUUUUUAUGAUCAGGGGAUUGAGGCCGUCAGGGUAUUAGAACUUUUUUUCAUAAACGAAGAGGCAAAAUUUGCAGAGAGUUUAGACUUAAUUGUUGAUGACGGUUAAUUCCAUUUAAAGCGGAACUUAUUUACCUGAAAUAAAAUGACCCACCGGUUUUACUCGGGGACUGAAAUAAAAUGUUUAAACAUCCGUAACAAAAACUUAAAUAUUUUGUUGUUGUAAAAGCAUGUUUUGUUUCAUUUGAUACUUCAAGAAAACUGAUCCAAAAAAAAUGUCUCACUUAUUAAGGCUUCAGUUGUGUCAAUAAAACACUAGAGGUGAAGCUUUAAUAAUUGCUACACAGAAUACAAAUGCAAACGUUUCGGAAAAAAGCUUUCAUCGGCAGAAACUAAAAAAUCAUUCAUGAGUAUAAAUUAAUUGACAUAAUAUUUGUAAUGCUUGUAAUACUUGUAUAUAAAGAUGUUGAGAUGUUUCUUUCAAUAUUCCUACAUAUUAUUGAUAUUAAAGGAGGAGAAGACAUGGCUAUUUAUUUGAUGACGCACAGGACAAGGAUUGUACGUGUUACCACUGAAUGACAUUUUGGCUGCAACAGAUUGUUCUGUUCCUCGUGGGCCAUGGUAGUCCUUUGAGUUUUUGACGGUGAUUUAAUGUUAAUGUUAACAGCUCAAAAAGCAUUAAAUAAGGUUUUGUCCCUAUCCUUCCGUGUUUUGUCUCCGCUGGUGGCUAAGCCAGUACAUGGUCCCGGGAUGGGCUUUUGAAAACAUUGUUUUGAUGCUGGUGAAUGUUGACGAUGAGCUGGUGGACGAUCAAAAUAUUUUUAAUGAAUUAUUUAUUUAGAUACGUUUUCAACAUAAUGUAAGGACGUCUGACUUCUUCAAGUGUUGACUUAAGAAAUGACCUCUAAAGACCAAAAGGGAAGUCACUAUUAUUGUUAAAAAGAUCAGAAGUCAUCAAAACUUUAGCUUCUUAUUGUUAAAAAUCAAAGUCUAUUUGGCAGACGCCCAAUAUCAUUUCUUGAAUACUCUCCAAAUGAGUUGUUCACCUGGCAGACAGCCAAUAUCAUUUGUUGAAAACUCUCCAACUGAGUUGUUCAAAAUUCAAUGUUUUACUGGGCAGAUAACAUCUGUCAGAUGUUAUCUGCCCAGUAAAACAUUGAAUUUUGAACAACUCAGUUGGAGAGUUUUCAACAAAUGAUAUUGGCUGUCUGCCAGGUGAACAACUCAUUUGGAGAGUAUUCAAGAAAUGAUAUUGGGCGUCUGCCAAAUAGACUUUGAUUUUUAACAAUAAGAAGCUAAAGUUUUGAUGACUUCUGAUCUUUUUAACAAUAAUAGUGACUUCCCUUUUGGUCAUUAGAGGUCAUUUCUUAAGUCAACACUUGAAGAAGUCAGACGUCCUUACAUUACGUUGAAAGCGUAUCUAAAUAAAUAAUUCAUCAGAUGAGUUGAGUUUUCUUGGUUGUAAUUUUAACAUUGUCACAGAUGAAAUGUCACUGGGCUCUAGUUUGUUUGGUGUAGUUAACAAACUUCUUUGGCAUGAACCAAAAAACCACCCAAAAAACAUGAGUAUUUCAGAGCUUUGUUUGCUUGUCUUGAAUGGCUUAGUACUACAGCUGAGUUCUUGAUGGUCUUUGGGAUGGUCACCUGAGCUUGAGGGUUAGAGGCUAGUGUUUAGUUUGAUCUGCUGUAUACAAUGUUAUAAUAUGUUGUAUAGUUUGAUUUAUUCAAUAGAAUGAAAUGUUGAAAAUUGAAAACAAUUAAAAUUAAAAUAUUUCUUAACAAAUGACACGUUUUAUUUUACAAGUCAUUUGACUGUGAGCUUGUGUGGCUGGCAUUUAAAUGUUUGUAGCAAAUUUUGGUGAUUGCACUGUAAAAAGGGGGGGGGGGUUAUAUGGUGGUAACAUACAUCUCUAGAAGUAGUCAGACUUUGUAGUACCGGUAACAUACAGAUUUAAAAUAGUAAUAACAUACAUUCAUCUUUAUGGUAGUAAUGGACAUUCAUAAAGUAGUAAAAGACGUCUGUAUACUGUAGUAAUAGACAUCUUUAUACUGUGUUAACAGACAUCUCUAAACUAGUGUACUGUGGUAACAGACAUCUCUAAACUAUUAUACUGUGGUAACAGACAUCUUUAUACUACUAGUAUACUGUGGUAACAGACAUCUUUAUACUGUGGUAUCAGACAUGUUUACAGUAGUAACAAAAAAAUAAUAAAUAAGAAAAAUUAAGUCCUUAAGGUAACUCAACUAAAUUGUAAAACAAUGGGAGAUACAUGUGUUGAAAUUUACAAGCCUAACCUCUUUCCCUUGUUUUACAGAUUAAGUUGUUUUAAACAUCAUUAUUUUCUUCACACAUUUCUUUUUAUCAAAGUACAAAAAUCAUUUCUAUUCUAAAUCCUGUUGAAGUUAAAAUAUUUUUUUUUAACCAGAGCAUUUUAAUUCUUUAUCUCCUAUGCCAGCUUUGAGGGGCUGAUCGGGUACUACAAGGGCCUUCUUCCCAACCUCCUGCGUGUCACCCCAGCGUGCGCCAUCACUUUCUUUGUGUAUGAGUCAAUCAUCACCUUUUUG